AUGGAUUAUAGCAGCUACCGACAACAAUGGAUAGUUCUACAGGAAGACCUGUGGGAGGCAUGUACCAGGUCAUACCCGCUCAAGACUUCUCCGUUGCAAAUCAGACCGGUGGUCAUCUUUGUCCUAGCGGCGUGGCUGGUCAUACUAGGAGUACUUGGCAUGGCUCCAAUUCCAGAAGUACCGGUCAAUGAUAAAGUGCUGCACUUUUUCGGGAUGGGUAUCGCUACAUUCCUACUAUACUUCGUUAUAGUCGUGCCAGAUCACGCUCGACGGAUAUGGUACUACCGUCGAGCGCCCUUGAUCCUCACCUUGAUAUGUGGCUUCUUCAGCGGAGGGAUUCUAAGCGAGAUCGCUCAGGGAUGGUUACCGGCGAACCUGCUGGGCAGCUCAGCUUUCUUUUGCCUUGCGCACGAACUCAAAAGACGCUCCCGGAAACGGUUCGAGAUCUCUAGACUUUACCAACCGAUCUCUUCCAGCAACAAUUUCCAUUCACGGGCUCGAGAUCGGUUCCAAGAUCUCGAGAGGGAUGGAAGGGCAAGCCAUGACAGCUACGAUGUCGAUGAGGAAGAUGUCUGGGGAGAUGCGGCGAGCCAGAGGGGGACAAGAGGGGCACGUGGGGCACGUGGACAGGAUGAGCCUAGCACGGCUCAGCAAGGAUUCUCGCUCGGAGAUGAUGACGACGACGAGGAGAUUGACACCAACAAGACAUCUGGUCCAGGAAAUACAACCACCUGA